ACACUUUAAAUACUUUUUAAUUAUGAACAAUAAACCAACACAAAUAGGCUUUUACUCGCCUCUCACUGACGCAGCAAAGUCCCGGAGCAAAGCGCCCACCGACGUUCCGGUCGACCCAACGACCAAAAAGUUUAUCCAAGGGUUCAUCGAACGCACAAUAGACACUGGAAUAAGCGAUAUCCGUGCCCAAGCAGCCUUCAAAGACCGCGUCGAAGGUCGCAUACUACUCCUCACCAAUCCAUACAAGGACAAAUCGAAGGGCACCAUGGGAACAACCGGAGGGCGCAUAGGCGAAGCCCAGAUAAUCCGCAAUACGCGUCGCAAAACCAUCACGGCGAAAGAAAAACGCGCACUAAAUAUAUAUGAAAUUCCAAAAGAAGCACGCCGAUAUGAUUUGUUUCUCCCACUCAACCUUAUGUGGAACACUUAUGUGGAUACUCUGUUGGCUGGUAAGCAGCAGAAAACGGCUGCCCAGAUGUUGCUUUCCGGAGACUAUAAAAAUCAGCAACAGAUGUUGGGCAGAUUGAUCAAGGCCGAUAUGCAUGGCGCUAGGGUAUCAGUCGUGCGCGCAAAGUGUCCGAACUUUAUCGGUAUUUCUGGUAUUGUCGCGCAGGAGACAAAAAACGUGUUCAAGAUCAUCACCCAGGAGGACACCCUGGCUGUUGUGCCCAAGGCUCGCUGCGUUUUCAGUCUUGAAUUCUCUUCGGGCGCCCAGUGUCUCAUUUACGGAGACCAGUUCGCCUUCCGCGCCAGCGAGCGUUCGUCCAAAAAAUUCAAGCCCAAGCCGAGUAUCGAUUUGCGUUAAAGUAAAUAAAUAUUUGAUGCUUAUU